AUGACAGUGAACGACAAGUGUCGUUCACCCACUCAUAGGCGACACAUCACAGUCAACACAUCACAGGCGACACAUCACAGGCGACACAUCACAGGCAACACAUCACAGUCAACACAUCACAGGCAACACAUCACAGUCAACACAUCACAGGCGACACAUCACAGGCGACACAUCACAGGCGACACAUCACAGGCAACACAUCACAGUCAACACAUCAUAGGCAACACAUCACAGGCAACACAUCACAGGCAACACAUCACAGACAACACAUCACAGGCGACACAUCACAGACAACACAUCACAGGCGACACAUCACAGGCGACACAUCACAGGCGACACAUCACAGACAACACAUCACAGGCGACACAUCACAGACAACACAUCACAGGCAACACAUCACAGUCAACACAUCACAGGCAACACAUCACAGGCGACACAUCACAGUCAACACAUCACAGGCGACACAUCACAGGCGACACAUCACAGGCAACACAUCACAGUCAACACAUCACAGGCAACACAUCACAGUCAACACAUCACAGGCAACACAUCACAGGCGACACAUCACAGGCGACACAUCACAGGCAACACAUCACAGUCAACACAUCACAGGCAACACAUCACAGGCAACACAUCACAGGCAACACAUCACAGACAACACAUCACAGGCGACACAUCACAGACAACACAUCACAGGCGACACAUCACAGGCGACACAUCACAGGCGACACAUCACAGACAACACAUCACAGGCGACACAUCACAGACAACACAUCACAGGCAACACAUCACAGUCAACACAUCACAGGCAACACAUCACAGGCGACACAUCACAGGCGACACAUCACAGGCGACACAUCACAGGCGACACAUCACAGGCGACACAUCACAGGCAACACAUCACAGGCGACACAUCACAGGCGACACAUCACAGGCGACACAUCACAGGCGACACAUCACAGGCGACACAUCACAGACAACACAUCACAGGCGACACAUCACAGACAACACAUCACAGGCAACACAUCACAGACAACACAUCACAGGCAACACAUCACAGUCAACACAUCACAGGCAACACAUCACAGACAACACAUCACAGGCGACACAUCACAGGCGACACAUCACAGGCGACACAUCACAGGCAACACAUCACAGGCGACACAUCACAGUCAACACAUCACAGGCGACACAUCACAGGCAACACAUCACAGGCGACAAAUCACAGGCGACACAUCACAGGCAACACAUCACAGGCAACACAUCACAGGCGACACAUCACAGGCGACACAUCACAGUCAACACAUCACAGGCAACACAUCACAGGCAACACAUCACAGGCGACACAUCACAGUCAACACAUCACAGGCAACACAUCACAGGCAACACAUCACAGGCAACACAUCACAGGCGACACAUCACAGGCGACACAUCACAGGCAACACAUCACAGGCAACACAUCACAGGCAACACAUCACAGUCAACACAUCACAGGCGACACAUCACAGGCGACACAUCACAGGCAACACAUCACAGUCAACACAUCACAGGCAACACAUCACAGGCAACACAUCACAGGCAACACAUCACAGGCAACACAUCACAGGCGACACAUCACAGACACAUCACAGUCACACAUCACAGGCGACACAUCACAGGCAACACAUCACAGGCAACACAUCACAGCUACUUGGUAAUUUAAGCAUGAUAAUCACCUUACUGCGAGAAAAAGGAAAUCUCGCUCCUAAAGGUCGUUUAGCCACGUAA